AUGCAUCUUCUGUGGAUAAUUUUUAAUCAAAAUCCUCAGCUGGUAUACCAGCUGUUAACUAUACCUUUGGCUUUUAUGUUUUACAGUUUGGCUACAAAAGGACAUCUCACCCUGUUUAACAGGCAUAUCUGUCUGGCAGUGGGAGGUUUCAGCCUUGCUGUUCUAACUAUGGGCCCAUACAGCAUGCUGCUGUUUAUCACCAAUAUCAUAUUUGUGCUACUGGUGCACUUUAUGGAACCAGUUCAUAUUCACAACUGGAUUCUUGGGCUGCAGAUGUGCUGGCAAACACUGUGGCACUUCUAUAUGCAGUACCAGCAAUAUUGGCUCUAUGAAAAUUCAGAUUCCAGGCUUGUGCUGGCCAUGUCUGCUUUAAUGCUUCUCAGUCAGAGAGUCACAUCAGUAUCAAUGGAUCUCCAGGAAGGAAAAGUCAUUAGGUGUUUUGAAAAAAGCCUCCAGAGCCAAGUAAUUUCCCUAAUUCCUUUCCUGAGCUACACUUUGUAUUUCCCUGCCCUUCUUGGAGGACCCCUUUGUGCGUUCAACACCUAUGUAAGCUUUGUGGAGCAGAUAAGUGUCAACCCACCACCUUCUCCUCUUCCCAUUCUACUUAGGAAGAUGUUGCAGGUUUUAUUUCUUCUAAUUUUCAAAUUUCUCCUUACACACUUACUACAAUCAACCAUAUUUAGCCCAAGUAGCUCUCCAUGUAUAUUAUGGAUCUGGAUCUUCUCCUUGGUGCUCAGAUUGAAUUAUUAUGUUCACUGGAAAAUAAGUGAAUGUGUGAACAAUGCAACAGGAUUAGGUUUCAGUGGGUACAGUACAGCUGGAGGUGUAUUGUGGAAUGGACUUUCUGAUGGUGAUGCAUUUGAGAUUGAGAGCUCAAGUAAUAUUUCAACCUUUGCUCGCCUCUGGAACAAGACAACAGCCACCUGGUUACGCAGAUUAGUUUUUCAGAGGUGCCGCAGGAUGCCAGUGCUUAUGACGUUUAGCUUUUCUGCUUUGUGGCAUGGCUUGUACCCAGGUCAGGUGGCAGGCUUUCUGGGAUGGGGGGUAGCUGUGUUAGGAGACCACAAGCUACACAAGUACCUUUCUCCAAGGCUCACCACAGCUUGGAGGAAAGGCUUGUACACUUGUCUAAGCUGGCUCUACACUCAAGUGGUCAUCACUUGUGUUGUAAUCAUAACUGAACUUCAAAGUUUGGAGGCACUCAAGCUGUUCUGCACAACACGCAUUGCACUAUUUCCACUUGCAAGCAUUGUAAUAUUAUUGAGUUUAUAA